CACCAGAUGCGCGUUUGGACGUGUCCCCGCUCGUCAGUCUCUGCGCAUCAGCUCCCGGCGCCCGGCCCCACAAACUUCGUGCACACUUUCCAACUUUCUCCGGGAGCGGCUCCACACUUCUGUCGGCCGGGGUACACCCCCCCCCCCCCGCGGCGGAGGCGCCCGCCGUGUGCCCUGUGGUGACCGGGGGCUCCCGGGGAUGGUCCAGCCGGGGGUGUGAGGCAGCGAGACACUUGCGGAGAGGGUCCCGGACACAGGCGGCCCCUGCCCGGGUCACCGAGAACAGAAGGGAGGGCUCUGGCUCCCACCCAAGGUGAUGUUUGAGCAUUGUUGAAGGGCUUCAGUGCAGAUAUGUGGUCCCUUUGGAUCGCCAUCCUGUGGGUGUCCGUCACAGUGGAUCGUUCCAGCAUGGGUGCACUGGCAGUGCGCAGAGAUGUUCCAUGCCCACGUGUAUACGGUGAUGGAUGGAAACUACGGAACCAGGAGCAGUACGUUAACGUUUCAGGCUUUAAUCUGCUCAGGCGGUUCUCUCUCUUUAAGAUGCCGGCACUGAAGAAAAUCCGAAAUCCAAUGGGAUCUUUGAUUGUGCGAUUAGGAAACGUAUCGGUCGUCAGACCCACUGAACAGGUGUUCCCUCAGGGACUGCCGAGAGACUUCACCUUCCUUGCAACACUGCUACUGAAGAAGAAGACCUUGAAGGAGAGCUGGAACCUGGUCAAAGUCACUGACCAGCAGGGCCUGACGCAGUUUUCAAUUCGCAUGGACGGGAGGGACAAAACGGUGGAGUACAAGGCCAAAGGUCGUUUCCAAGACUAUGUGCGCUGGGUGUUCAGCGGUGAAGGUGUUGCUGCCCUGUUUGACCUACGAUGGCACAAGCUGACAGUCAGCGUACAGGCCAAUGUGGCCUCUCUCUACAUUGACUGCCGCCUGAUUGAAAUCAAAUCGGUGGAAGAGAGAGCCAGGAUCAGCGUGGAGGGCCAGGCAGUGAUGGGCAGGCUCACUGAGGACAACAGGCCGGUGGAGGUUGACCUGCAGCAGAUGAUUCUGUUCUGCGAUCCACUCAUGGCGGAAAAGGUGACAUGCUGUGAGAUUCCAGGUGUCCGGUGUGUGACGGACCUGCUGCUGCCAAAGAGCAGGCGGAAUGCUGAGGGGAAGAAGAUGGAGGCGUUGACUGGAGCUCUGCCUCAGAUACGCGGGGAGGUCGAUACCAAGUGCUUCUGUGUCGACGAGAAGUCAAAGACAAAGUGUAAGUCGUGCAUCCUGGAGAUACCCGGAAAAAAUGAUGCCAGUGAGCUGACCAAGCAAAAGGGUGAAGUCUGCAUAGAGUGUCCCCAAGGCCAGAAAGGAGAGAAGGGUGAGCCGUCUGAGAAAGGUCAGAAAGGAGAGCCAGGAAUCCCAGGACUGCCCGGUGCCCCUGGCAGAGAUGGAAAAUCAGGAGACAUAUGUGUUACAGGACCAAAGGGCGCCAAGGGCGAUCCCGGACCCGUGGGACCAGAAGGCCUAGCCGGCGAACCAGGAUCCCCAGGACCUCCGGGACCUCCAGGAAUCGGAAUCCCAGGGAAGCCGGGAAAACCCGGAGGCCCACCCGGAUUGAAGGGAGACCCGGGAACUGAUGGGAUUCCCGGCCAUGAAGGUAUCCCUGGAAAACAGGGUAAACCGGGACUACCUGGGCCAAAGGGAGAAAAGGGAGACCAGUGUGGGCUUUGUCCCACAGAAGCGGAGGAGGAGGGUGAGGAAAAACAGAAAACGACCCACGGGAUGAAUUCAACCCCCACGGGACUCAUGAAGCCGGGCAUGCCUGGACCUCCAGGAAUGCAGGGUGAAAAGGGAGAUUCUGGAGAGCCUGGUCCGAAAGGAGAGAAGGGUGAAGCCUGCAAGUUCUGUCCUCAACUCCCUGAUGAGCUCGGAGGAAUUGUGGGAAUUCCUGGACCACCGGGAGCUAAAGGUGACCGUGGCCCCCCCGGAGUUGGGGUGCCCGGACCCUCUGGCAUCCCUGGAAGUCCAGGACUGCAUGGGACAAAGGGAGAAAAGGGAAGCAUCGGCAAGCAAGGCUCCACUGGGAAGUCUGGCAAGCGUGGUCCCCAGGGUCUCCCCGGACAUGAGGGCGAGAAGGGAAACAAGGGGGACCGCGGAGACCCAGGCAUCAUGGGACCCCAGGGGGUGAAAGGAGAAAAGGGUGAAGGGUGUGGACCUUGCUUCACUGCCCCACCUGGCCAGCUCACUGCAGCUUCCCCAGACGUGGAUUUACCCGAGGCAGGGCCUGCAGACCAUCAGGAUAGAUUCAGAGGUCAGCCCGGCAGACCGGGCGAUCCUGGUCCAAAGGGAGAUACAGGAGAGCCGGGUACCAUGGGAAUUCCAGGAAUCCCCGGAAAACCAGGAUUACGAGGUUUCCAUGGGCUGAAGGGUGAAAAGGGGGAUCAGUGUGAGGUCUGCCCCACAAUUCCAGACGACUUCAAAGACGUGAUCGGACUUCCAGGGAAACCAGGCCCCCGAGGGGAUCCUGGACCCCCUGGGAUGGGCAAACCCGGAAAACAUGGUCUCCCAGGUCUGCAGGGACUGGCGGGCACUCCGGGUCUGAAGGGAGAGAAGGGGCAGAGGGGACCCCCUGGGGUCGGACAGCCCGGGCUGCCGGGGAAGGACGGCACAGUGGGGAAACCAGGAGAGCCGGGUGAACCUGGAGUGCCUGGGAUACCCGGAUCAGAAGGACCGAAAGGCAGCAAGGGGCAGGCUGGAGAGCAUGGGAUUCCGGGACAUCCAGGAGCUCCGGGCGUGGGAAUACCUGGGAUACAGGGAAAAGAAGGAGAGACCGGGGCUCCGGGAUUACCAGGGAAACGAGGCCUCCCAGGUGCGGCUGGAAUUAAAGGUGAAAAGGGAGCAGCGGCUGAACCCUGUUUCUGUGUGCACGGACCUCCGACCCAACCAGGAGAGGGACGACACCCUGGGACCUCCGGAGAACAUGGACUUCCGGGUGCCCCGGGUGAGCGAGUGAUGUGGUCAAUGGGUCCUUCGGGCCCCCCAGGACCUCCCGGGCCACCCGGACCUCCCGGUCUUCCCGGAGCCCCUGGAGGAAUUGGACGGCAGGGAAUUCCAGGGAAUGAUGGCUUGCCAGGUGUGCCAGGACUUCCAGGGGAGGUGCCUCCGCUGUCACUGGUUGCUGAGAGGAACAAUUCGUUUUUCAAGGCUUUCUGCGGUAACUGCAGCAGCGGAUUCCCAGGUGCCCAGGCAUUAACAGGGGCCAAGGUGGAGCAGACACCACACGGCACUCCUGGGGCAGCUGCCGUCGACCACUGUGAGAAGUGCAGGCAGGAGCAACGCGGAUUGCCCCGUAUGGAAGAGCAGAGGCCGAACGACAGAGACUGUGGGUACCCAGGGUCUCCUGGGAUGCCUGGGCUUCCAGGUGAAUCUGGAAUGAAAGGAGAACAGGGCCUUCCAGGUCUUCGAGGAUACCCAGGACCACCAGGCCAACCGGGACCCCCUGGAUUCCCUGGAUCUCCCGGGACCCCUGGAACUGCCGGUGUUCCGGGAGACCGCGGGUUAGCCGGAGGGCCUGGACCGAAAGGGGAGCAGGGUCCUCCAGGAUCCCUCGGAUACCCAGGUGCAGCGGGCAUGCCUGGUCUCCCGGGGCUUAAAGGAGAGCGUGGACCUGUCGGGCCUGGAGGAGAGAAGGGUGUGCCGGGUCCUCCUGGUAUCCCUGGUGGCCAAGGUCCACGUGGCUCAGUGGGCCCCAAAGGUGAUCCAGGGAUACCCGGCUCCCGAGGGGAGAAGGGAGACCAAGGAUUUCAAGGACAACCUGGGUUUCCUGGACAGCAGGGGCCGAUAGGUUUCCCAGGGAAGACUGGGCCCCCGGGACCCCCAGGAAGUCCUGGUGAGAAGGGCAGUGAGGGAAGGACAGGACCGGUUGGGCCGACAGGUCCUACAGGCCGAAGUGGACCUCCGGGGAUACAGGGACCUCCCGGAAUGGACGGCCUCGAUGGAAAGGAAGGGAAGCCAGGUGCCCGGGGAGAAAUGGGACCCAUUGGACCACCAGGACUCAGGGGUGCACAUGGGUUUAAAGGAAAGCCUGGACUCCCAGGGCAACCUGGGUUGAGGGGUGAAACGGGAGCAUCAGGACCGCCUGGAGCUGCAGGACGUCCAGGUUUUGAGGGUGAGCCCGGUCCACCAGGGCCUGUAGGACCACCAGGACUUCCUGGGCACAUUGGCACGGCCGGAAUUCCAGGAAGCCCAGGCCCAGCGGGACCGCCUGGAGUGGGAGCGAAGGGCGAUCGAGGGACAAUGGGAGAAAGAGGUCUUCCUGGCCUAGCUGGUCCCCCUGGCCCCCCUGGAGCACCGGGGUUAAUGGGGGAGCCGGGUGAUGAUGGCCCAGUGGGAAAAGAGGGACAGCCUGGUGCUCCUGGAAGUGUGGGGCCACCUGGGCCAAAGGGUGAGCCAGGAAGACCAGGAGCGAAGGGGGCCCAGGGCGAGAGAGGAAUGCCCGGCAUCUCCAUUGGUUCAGGCAAGAGCAGCGGGAUGGGACUUCCCGGACCUCCUGGGUCGCCUGGUGCUCGGGGAGAACGAGGAUUACCCGGAUCCCCAGGACCUGCCGGUGCUCCAGGAAUCCCAGGAACACCAGGAACAGGGGCUGAAGCUGUUAACUUUGAUGAGAUCAAGAGGUUAAUAAGACAGGAAGUUACGAAAAUCUUUGACCAGAGAAUGGCCUACUACCUCGCGAGCUUGCGUUCCUCGUCAGACGCCGCCAGCCCAGGAAGGCCAGGACCCCCUGGAAAAAUCGGACCCCCUGGGCACCCGGGCCAGCCAGGGCAGCCUGGGCUGCCAGGACAGAUGGGAAGAGACGGACGGCCAGGCUUACCAGGACCCAAAGGUCCGAGUGGUCCGAAGGGGAAUCAAGGUGAUAAAGGCAUGGGUCACGUGGGAGAGCCUGGUUCACCUGGGCCACAGGGUCCACCUGGACUCCCAGGAUACGGAAAAAUUGGCCCACCAGGUCCUGCCGGCCAACAGGGCAUCCCAGGCAUUCCAGGACCACCAGGUCUCCAAGGACCCACUGGAAAAGAUGGCCGUUGCUUGCCAUCACACUGCGCCAUGCAAAUGCCAGAGCCUUAUAAUGCCAAGAAUUCGAAAGGACCAUCUUCCUGGAUGAAUUAAUAAAGACUAUACAUUUGCUAUCAUUUUUCUGGAAUGGAGGGUGGGAGAGGAUGGGUGGCAGUUUUGGCAUUUUCCCUUGAUCAUUUCUUUUGGAUGAACAACAUGGGCACCUGCUUAAAAUAAGCCCGUGCAGAGGAUUAUCCACGGUGUUAUUUAAAUAGUUUGGGAGGACAUCUGAGUGUUUCCAGCCUGUAGCAGAUUUUAACUUUCUGUGACUCUUGUGGCACUGUGAAAGGUGCUUUCUGGGCCCCACUCAAUGGAGAGGCUGGUAUCACCUUGCCUUUGGCAGCUGAGCACCAUUACUGCCAAAGGCUACCUGUUUCUGGCUGGAUGUGUGCUGGGUGGUUUUGUCACAUGACUUCCAUAGUCCCGCCCCUUGCUCCCAUCAUUGGUGCUCAACACAUCAAUCCUCAUGACAGCUCAUCUUUCCUCAACCAAUCAGAAAUCAAACAGACUCUUUGGUGUGUGCUUGGAUAAUUCCAGGUGGAUCUUUCCCCAUCAUGUUUAUAAACAAAUAUGUUCAAAGAAAUAA